GCCGGCUCCGCCUUGCGCCGCCCCGCGGCUCCCUGCCCCGGCCGCCUCCGCCCCGCGGGAGGGCACCGGGGCGCGGCGCGGUGACGGGGCGGGAUGGCGGAGCUCUACGUGAAGCCGGGGAACAAGGAGCGCGGCUGGAACGACCCUCCCCAGUUCUCCUACGGGCUGCAGGCGCAGGGCGCGGGCCCCAGGCGAGCCCCGCUCACUCGCCGGGUGCCCGCCCCGGGAGCCCUCCCAGGUGCUCCUCCGGACAAUGCCCCUGCUGCAUCCGCAGCACUGCCCCCCAAACUGCUGGGGCCACCCCCGCUUGGGCCUGUUAACCUUGCCCUGAGGACAGAGAGUGCCAGGCCGGCUGCAGAGGAGAGCUCUGAGGGCGGCGAUGUGCCAGCAGAUGCUGUCCUUGGCCCUCUGAGGGAGACCCUUGCCAACUGUCGGCCCACGAUGCAGAAACAAGUGGGUGAUGACAUUGGGCGGCGUCUGACAGUGCUCGGAGAGGCGUGGUCUCAGGGGAAGCUGUCGGCCCCCGUGAAGAAGAGGAUGAGCCUCCUGGUGCAAGAGCUCCAGCAAUGCCACUGGGACGCAGCAGAUGAAAUCCACCGCUCCCUCAUGGUGGACCAUGUGAAUGAGGUGAGCCAGUGGCUGGUAGGCGUCAAGCGCCUGAUAGCCGAGACAAGGAAACUGCCUGCCGUGGAACCGGCUGCACCGAGGGAUGACAGCACUGAGGCCGAGCCUGACCAGGAGGCUUCCUGAAGCCAAGCACGGAGCUGCAGACCCCAAGCAGGGCAGCCUCUGCCUCCAGGUGCCAGCAGAAAGAACUCCCAGGAGGGGCAACCCUCCUGGCUCUCAGCGCUCUCCUAAGGGGGAUUUUACUCACUGCAACAUUUCAGUGGCAAUUCACUACAUGUUAAUAAAUAGCACGAAUCUGCCCCUGA